AUGACCGCUGUUGCUGUUGCUGUUGCUGCUACUGCUAGAGUCCCCCACAGAAAGCAUUCUAGAGGCGUACGAAGCAUAGAGGGCAAAAGUGGUGAGCCAGAAGACCCAUACGAAGAACUCUACGGCGAAGAUGGCCCAGUAGUUGUACAGUUUCUGGCCCGAGGCGCUGUUGGCGAAGAACCAAUAGGCAACAAAGAUCCAAGUGGCGAUGACGGUAAAGAUUCCGAGCGCGCCAGGCUAUAUGGGUUAGUUGUUAAGAAGAGCUGGAGCUGGAGUGCAUACUUCGAAUACGCAGCCAUGCCCAAGACGAUGAUGCUGAAGACGACCUGGACGAUGCGCAGGGCCAUAAAGGCUUUUUGCACGGGGACGACUGAAUACCCAUUUGAAGACAUGUCCGAGCGAUUUAGGAGGCUUGUGCUAGAAAGGUGUCAGAAUGUUAGAGGAACAAGAAGACAAGAUAAACACCUAGGACGAAGGAAGAAGACUGGUGACGCGGCUAUGGUUGUUGGGGGGAGGGGGGAGGACACGAACCCUGGCCUUGCCUGCGAUAAGCCGUCUCGCGAACGGCGUCAACCUGAAGAUCAGGUUCACAUCCUCCUCGACCCCUUGAAAGCCUUGGUGGAAAAGAAAGCAUCAAACGGGGGACCAACCAGACGACAACCCCGACGAGAAGCCGCCCAGGCGUCGCUGCGCUCGCGCUUCACCGCAACGCCAGCUAGACCUCUGAGUCCAAACCAAACCACACAGCAAUGCAUGUUGUAUCUGCCAAGACUUUUCCACCUGCAGUCUCACUUUGGGCUAGUCGGGACUCGACGCCAUAGGGAGAAAGUCUGA